AUGACUCCGUUGCGCGACGACCCUCUGUCGUCUAAGGCAGACAUCGUUACGGAACCCUGCCAGUGGUCACCCAACGAACACAUCCAUCUUCCCGCUCCAGAAGAAGUGUUCAGUGCUCCUGUGCUUUCAAAGAAAGACGGAUCCGUCGUGGCGAAAGUCACAGAACUGCUGGUAGUCAAGUACGGGCGACGUGUUUUCCCCCGCGAGGUCGCCGCAAUCCGCUACGUUUCAGCACACACGUCUAUUCCUGUCCCUCAGAUACGUGGCACGUAUAAAUACGACUCCCAGGUUUUCUUCUUCAUGGAUUUCAUGCCUGGUCGUUCCUUGGAUGAAGUUUGGCCCGAGAUGACUCCCGCUGCAAAGUCCAUUUUGGUCGAGCAGCUCCGGGACCACUACUCUCGUCUCAAAUCACUGACUGAGACGUACAUUGGAGGCCUCGGCCGUACUCCUGCUUUUGACACCGUAUUUGAGAACUUGAAGUCCGACGAUCGUGGUCCGUUCUCGAGCGUUACUGCCUUUCACGAUGCCCUCUACCGUGCUUUCAAAGUGUGCAUCGACAGAAAUAGUCCACUUUCCGGAUCUAACCGAUGGUGCUCUGCGACGGAUGAAUCCGAUCUGCAUGGCUGCUGUCCACAUGGAUAUCCCCGUCUACAUGAACGCAGCAGAUUUCGUGGCCCACAUACCUCAGGUCGCGCAGCAACCGGAACGGAGAAUAUCCAGGUGCAAAUCUACAGCACUAAUAUCGAAUCGCGAUGA